AUGAGGAUACAUGCCCUGGCAGCAUUAAUAGUGCUGGCCAGCGGUCCCGUCUUUGGCCACAUAUCUGGGCUCAAGGGGCGAGACCAUCACCACCACGACCGCCUUGUCCUAGACCUCCUCGCGCACGAGCCUCUUGCCUUGGAGGCACCCGAUGAGCGUAGGCCCGUGGCUGAGGUUAUCCUCCUCGCGGAACACGUCAUCGACCAGGUGCUCGUCGCCCGUGCCGACUCUACCAAUGCCACCGCCACAGUCUCAACACUCAACAGCACUCUUCCUCUGCCUCGGUCCCCUGUACCCACAUCAGCACCCUCUCCCGUCCCUACGCCGCUCGACCUCUCCAUCUCCAACGUCAUGUCGUCGUCUUGCAUGACCUACCUCACCUCCCUCGUCUCCUCCAGCACCUUUAUGGCAUGCCUGCCAUUUUCGCUGCUCUUGACGACGUCGUCAGCGUACGCGACCCUGGUAUCCACCGCGCUCUCAUCGGGCAACUAUACACAUCUGAACGAGCUAGUAGGGUACACGUCCUCUCCCCAGCCAAGCAGCGAUACAUGCGAAAGCUACAUGGAGGGAGUCAUGACUGCCCUCACAAGCAAGUCCAACUGCGCCAGUGAUAUUUCAAGCAAUCUCGCCGUUGUCAAAAAGACAAAGCUGGGAGUGGGCAACUAUAAAGUGAUGAAGGAGGCAGAGGCAUUGGUGGAUACGGAUACGGGAAGCUAUUGUUAUCUUGAAGCCAUUGCGAGUGAAAAGCCGGACGAUCUUUACCUGUGGGGCCUGCCAGGUGGUAUCUCUCUGCCCUCAUCUUCCACCCCCUCAUGUUCCAAAUGCUCCUCCUCUCUCCUCACCACCUAUGGCUCCUACAUCUCCUCCACAUCUACCCUCAACUCUACCGUCAUCAAUGCCGCCGUCAAGCGCCUGAAUGAUGCCUGUGGAGCUAGCUUUGUAACAUUUACAGCUACGAAUCAGACGAGUAGCACAGAAAGAGGGAUGGGCACUGGGCAGCGUACGGGGGAUGCCGGGUUCUGGCUGAGAUUACUGCUAGGGGCAGCAGUGGCGGGCGGUUUAUCUUGGAUAUGA